ACCAAAAAAAAAAAUAGUUAUAAUAAUAUGCACGAUAACUUUAUUGAUUCAGAAAAUUAUUCCUAACAAUGGAUGCGCUUGAACUCACUGACGAUCUGGAACAAACGGAACGCUUACAUGAUUGGUUGACCGAAUCAGAAAUCGAAAGGCUGCAUUCGCGUUUUCUGGAGAGAAAAAAGUUAAGCUAUGCUGAAUUGCGUGAGGAAUUUGAAAAUCUUGAUAUUCAUUUUAGCGAAACAGAAUACAAUCGUCUUUUUUGUAAAAUCAAUGAAAAUCGCGACUUCAAAUGUAAUUGGAGUGAAUUCAUAUCGUAUUUGGCAUUUCGUUUUCAAGACGAUGAUCCCUCCAGCCAGAAGGAGGCAUUAGUAUUGCCCAUAUCUUCAGCACCCAUAGUCAAAAAGUCAGAGCAUAGAUCGCCAGUGUGUUGCAUAAGUCUAAUGAAAACCGAAUCCGAUUUGAUUGUGGAUGAAGACGACCAAAAUGAGGACAAUGCAGAUGGCGAGGAGAUUGAUGAAGAGGCAGAAGAACGGCAACGUAGAAUAGCUAACUUAUCGGUGAGUGAUACGCCAGAAAACAUGGGUGUAUGGAUAACCGGAAGUAAGGAAGGACAAAUACGUUUCUGGUUGCCACAUUUAAAGUCCUUUCGUAGUGGCACAUCGGAAAGUGUCCAUUUGAAGAUGAGUACCUGCAUUCUAGCCAUUCAGGCUUUGUCAGAUGUUAGCGUGGUAUGCACUGCCUCCACGGAAAGAGAAUUACGUUUCCAUGAUACUGCAGGACCCACAUUUACUCUACGCAUUGUCAUACGUAUUAUGCCCUUUCCCGUUUGUUGUAUGUCCUACAGUUUUUAUGCCAAUGGCAAGACGAAUUCUCGCCUCAUUAUGGGAGAUUUCGGUGGUAAUGUUCGUAUAUUAGAAUUCAAUCCGCAUUUGAGGGGUCCAUUUCAGGCAAAAACUGGCACAGCCUUGGUUCAAACCUUUUGGGGUGAUAUACUAAAGGGUAAGAUGCCAUUGUUUAUUGUCCAUGAAUAUCGGAAUAUACACUCAGAGCUGGUUAAGCAAGUAUUUUUCUCUUUUCGCUUAAAUUCGCUUUUUUGUGCUGCCGAAUAUUUUAACACCAAGAAAUAUCGAAAUAUUUGCCCUGGCUUAAUUGUGGCCAAUGGAGAUGAAAGAACAAAAUUUAUCAUUCAAGCGGGUGUUACCACAUUCUACGUUGAUGAGAAAAACAACAUGGUUAUCACUGGAGGUCCAGAUUUUUUUGUACGCCUAUGGGAUAUCUAUAUACCAGCUAAGCCCUUAUGUGUUCUAGAGGGUCACAACUCUGGAAUUGUUAUGGUAUUUGCACAACCGGAUGAGAAGAAAGUCUUUAGUGUGGACUUUCGCAAAGUCAUAAAAGUCUGGGACUUAAAGGAAUAUGUUUUGCUGCAAACUUUCGAUGAUUUGGUGCGUCUGAUACCGAGUGAGACAAGCCUGGCCUACUACUAUCAUGCCUAUAUGAGAGUACUAUUGGUUGGAGGUCGCAAUUUGGUGAUAGUCAAAUGUAAUCCACGCGUACGUAUGGAUAUAACCGAUGGCAAUACACAUGCUGCUCCCGUAUCGGUGGUACUUUACAAUCGCCUUUUCCGUAAUGUGGUCACUUGUGGCCUAGAUAGUUACAUUAUUGUGUGGGACCCUUGGAUGGGGCAGCGUAAAGUUAUCAUUAAGCAUUGCCACACCAGACGAAUGUAUGGAGAAAAUACAGAUAUAGCUAUAACGGCUGCAUGCUUUAAUCCCUUUGAGAAAUUGCUUUUGACUGGAGCCCAAGAUGGUUCUGUGAAGAUAUGGGAUUAUAAUAAUGCGGUUUGUAUACGCAAUAUGAGCAUUACACCCGAAUAUGAAGUGACAGCUGUUAUAUGGAUAGUGCACAGAAUUUUUGCCAUCGGUUGGGAUCAACAAGUCACCGAAUUCUAUGAUGUCGAGGGCCGUGAACAUAGCGAUCCCAUAAAAUGGCCAAUUUUUCAUUCAGAUGUUAUUACCUGUGCCGAUGUUAAAUUAGGUGAGGCUGUGGUCACAUCCACCUGUUCGGGUGAAUUAGUAUUCUGGAAUUUACAAUCGGGCCAACCAUAUCGUCGCUAUAAUGUAGAUACCCCAGAAUUGUUUAUCAAAAUAAAGUAUCGCCCUGAGGAUGAGGAUAAUCCACAAGACGAAGAAGAUGAAAGUCGCCAGUCUUAUCAUAUGAAUGUCUUACGUUUUGUACGUCAGUCUGUAUCCGAACGUAUACGUGAAGUGGAGUUGAAAGAAGGAAGGAUAGGUAACAUGAUGACAGAAAGCGGUGAAGAAAGAAUGCCCAGCAAACAAAGCUUGCCUAUUUCCGUACAAGCAGUGUUGUUUCUACAAACUCGUCCAAUGACUACAGAACAUGGAACUGUUUUAGUUGCUCUUCAUUCAGGCAUUAUUCAAGUCUAUUCACAUCAUCGUCGUGGGGGUUUCCUUAAACAAUUCGAUGCCAUUCAUAAAACUGGCGACUGUGUUUCAGCAAUGACUACGGAUCGUGAGAACCGUUUCUUAUUCACGGGCACCGCAUUCGGAUACAUCAAAAUUUGGCUUAUUGAAAAUUUUUGCGUCCCAGAAAGUGAAAAAGUACCCAUUAACAUGCCAUUACUUCGAUUACAAUUCAUAUUUCUGCAAAAUGAAAGAUUUCUUACAAGAGCCAAGAGGGCAGUUCGGCGCCAACCAUGGCCUUUACUACUAAGCUCCUACAAGGGACAUUUGAAGGGUAUAAAAACACUAGCCUUCAUAUGCAAACCGAAAAUUUUAAUAACAGGCAGCCAUGACUGCUCCUGUCGCUUAUGGUCCUUGGGCGGACGUUACCUGGGUACCUUGGGUACUCUCUUGCCUUGGAUGACACUAUCGCCCUUUCAGCCAGUUGAAGAAGAUAAAACCAUAUAUCGUAUGCCUCCCGAUAUAAAGAAAGUGGCCAGCACCACAACAAUGAAGGUUCUUACAGGCAACCAAAUGGACAAUUUCACAUUGUCGUAUGGCAAAUCUACUCAAGAUGUUCGUGAAGUUUUCGAUGAUAAGGACUCUCCUCAUUUACAUUGCAAGAUAUUGCCCGAACCCAUAUUGGGCAAGCAUUUCCAACUGCCAGGUCGCAGUGCCACUGAACAGUUUAUAGAUUGGGAUGGCACAACAUCUUAUGUACCAGUUUUCAGUCAACUAAAAAUACACGAAGCUGGUGAUUUAGAUAGACCUUGUACACCCCCGGCCUUACAACGAGUAGCUAAUGAAAGCUAUAUGGAUUUUUAUGAACGAGCUAAUGGAGGGCAUGGAAAGGGUGAUAAUUUGCUUGAGAAAACUUCCAUUAAACCCAGUCGACGUUCUAAGGGUAGGGGAUCGGUAUUCUUUAGUGGAGAUGUUGAACCGGAGGGCCAAGGGAAGAAAACCAAAAAAUGAAUUCUAUGCAUUUGACAUUCUUAUAUUUUAUAAAAUUUUCCCUAAUAAAGAGAAAUGUAAUGAAAAAA